ACCAGAUUGUUGUCUCGACAAGUUUUGAGAACCUGAAUUGUGUAGCCUCGCAGUCUCAUGUUAGAUUUAAGAGUUUUCUUUAUUCAUUAUAAGAGAAUUAAUUUAUGUGUAUAUAGUGAUUAGAAUUUUUCGUGGCAGAUCGUUUUAUUGAAUUGACUUCAAACAAUAAAAAAAAUGUACGCAAACCGUCGAAACAGACAGUCCUUGCAGAACGAGCACACCGAGGAUUUUCGCAUUGGAAUCGACAUAAUUUUCAGAGAUUUCUGUGCAGAUCCCGGAGUCACCGAGUUUACAUUCAAACCGAAUUUGAAUAACGUUGAGCGGAAAUACAUCCACGAAAAGUGCCGCCGUUUGGGUUUGAAAUCAAAAUCGAAAGGAAAAGAGCCGAAUCGAACCUUAACAAUGUUUAAAAACGUAACUUCAAAUCAAGGUACAUUUGAAUUUAAAAUUGGUAACGACGCUAAGAGUAAAUUGAAGCAUUUCGUGAUGAAUAACUGUAACGGGCCCACUGCUACGUUUAACGACCUUCAUCAGGUUGUUAUUACGAAUGGAAGCGAGGGUAAUUUAUGCUUUGGGGAUCCCCCUUUUGUCAAUGGCCCGAGUUCGUAUGAAUUUGCUGAUUUUAGAAGUAAUCUUCCCGUUUUUGAAAUGAGAAAUUUUAUUUUGGAAACGAUUGAAAGGAAUUCCGUUACGAUUAUUUCCGGAGAAACCGGUUCGGGAAAAACCACCCAGAUUCCUCAAUACCUCUUGGAAUACUCAAAUUCACUUAAUAAACCUUGUAGAAUUAUUUGCACACAACCAAGGAGAAUUUCCACCGUUGCUGUAGCUGAAAGGGUUUCAAUUGAAAGAGGGGAACGAGUUGGCGAAACUUGUGGUUACCAAAUAAAAUUAGAUUGUUGCUUAGGACCUACAACUUCACUAAUUUAUUGUACAACCGGCGUUUUAUUGCGUACAUUAAUGAGCGGAUUCGCCGUUUUGAAGAAUGUAUCUUACAUAAUAAUCGACGAAAUCCACGAAAGAGAUAAAUUUACCGAUUUCGUUUUGAUCAGUCUUCGAGAAUGUAUAAAACAAUUCCCGAAUUUGCGUUUAAUAUUAAUGUCGGCUACGUUGGACGUGGAAUUAUUCGAGAAUUACUUUGGGAACGUCGCUAAAGUUGAAGUCAAAGGAAGAACAUAUCCCAUACAACAUUACUUCCUCGAAAAUAUAUUACUUGAAUUAAAUUAUGAGUCUGAACAGAUGAAAUUGAUUCAGAAAAAAAAUAGCAAACAAAACAAUGAAAUAGCCGAAAGUAAUAAAAUUAAUGAAGUUGUAGUAGUCGAUCAAGAUGUAUUAAGAGAAAUGGAUGAAGCUUUAUUGCAUUACAUUUCAAUUCCUAACGAAGAAAAUUUCAUUCAAGUCUUACAUCUUAUUUUAUCCGAAGAAGUUUCUGUUAAUCAUCAGCACAGUGGUGCAGGAUACACGCUUUUGAUGGCAGCUGCGGCUAAUGGUCAUAUUGAAUUUGUUGAAAAAUUACUAAAUUUAGGUGCUGAUGUAUCAUUAAAAUCACAACAAAAUUGCACAGCAAUCGAUAUGGCUGAACAAAACUGCCAUAACGGCGUAGUAACCCUGAUUCGAUAUUUCGAAUACAUGAAGAGACAAGUUCACAAUGACGUUUUAAGUCUGUACAAUCAAACGAUUCUUGAAGACAUAAUCGACCACGAUUUAAUCGUUGCGAUCAUCACACAUAUCCAUCAAACUGAGAUUAAAAACAAUAUGGGGGUUCUCGUAUUCCUUCCGGGUUACGAAGAUAUCAUGCUUCAACUUGAAGCUUUAUCUGCAUCUCCUGUUGGAAAGUUUCUCAAAAUUUGCGUAUUACACGGAAGCAUGAUGGUUAAUGCGCAACACGACGUUUUCAAGCGAUCGCAACAACGCAAAGUGAUUUUAUCAACGAAUGUUGCUGAAACGAGUAUUACCAUUGAUGAUAUUGCCCAUGUUAUUGAUACUGGGAAGGUUAAACAGAAAUCGUACGAUUCGUUGAAUGGAACAUCUACUUUGGAAACUACAUGGAUUAGUAUUGCUUCUUUAAAACAAAGAGCCGGGAGAGCUGGAAGAUGCGCUCCAGGAAAAUGUUAUCAUAUAUUUUCUAGGACGCGUUAUGAGUCGCUUUUAAUAAAUACCAUACCGGAAAUACUCACGGUACCUUUACAUGAACUUUGCCUCCAAACCAAACAACUCGCCCCACACGGGAUGAAAAUAGCCGAUUUUCUUUCAAAAGCCCUCGAAGCCCCAAACACUCACGUUAUAGUGAAUGCGAUAAACGAUUUAGUUUCGCUUGGAGCUCUCGAUUCUAACGAAAGCCUAACCGUUCUUGGUUCUCAUUUACUUCGUCUCUGUAUCGAACCCCAUUUGGGUAAAAUGCUAAUCUAUUCGGUAAUUUUUAAAUGUCUCGAUCCCGUUUUAACCGUCGUUGCUACUUUGACCCAUAAAGAUCCUUUCGUUUUACCAACGAAAGGUUCCGAAAAAGUCGAAGCUCUGAAACGAAAGAAAUCGUUAACUUGCGGGACGUUCAGCGAUCAUAUGGCCCUGUUAAUGGUGUACCAAAAAUGGCAGGAAGCGAAAUUAACUAAGACGGAAAGGAAGUUUUAUCGCGAAUAUUACGUUAGUCCGAGUUGUAUGGAUAUGAUUUCGGCGACGAGAUGCCAUUUGGUUAGCUUGUUAAGGCAGUCUGGUUUGGUGCCGGUUUCCAGUGGCAUUAGGAAUUUAGUACAAUUUAAUAGAAGUUGGCCAAUUGUUAAAGCAGCGCUAUGUGCGGGGUUAUAUCCGAAUGUUGUGUUUUCGCAUCACAAUAAAGUGGUUUCAAGAAAUGAAAAGAGGGUUUUAAUGCAUUCGACUUCGUGUCUUCGAGGAACCAUGGAAUACUCAUCAGGAUUAUGGUUUGUUUUUGAUGAAAUGUCAAAACUUGGGAAUUUGUGCAAUUUAAAAGGAGUUACUGCUGUUACUCCAUUAACUAUUGUUUUAACCGCUGGUUCAACUUUGCGAUUUGAUCCGGAAUCGUCAAUAAUGGAAAUCGAUGAUUCUUUAAAUGUGAACUUGGGUGGCGAUGUAGUGUGGAAAUUUCGACUUGCUUUAAACGACAUGAUUCAACGUCACGUCACGCAACCAUCUGCUAAAACUACAAAAUUCGAAACGGAUCUUCUCGGACUUUUUAAUUAUGUUCUUGUAAUCGAAGAGUCUUAUUUUAAUCUUGUUCAACCGUUUGAAUUUGGAAAAAGGCCACGACUCCCACCAGGAAGCAAUGGAUAUUUGCAUUUUAACACAAACGGCGAAUCAUCGAACGACUUCGAUCCAAAUAUGGAACCUAAUUUCGGUGAUAAUGUUGAAAGGAAUCAGCAGGUUCUUAAAAGAAAUUUUAAUGGAAUUCCAAAUGAUGCUGAUGAUAAUCAUGAUCAUCAAAGUGGUAGUUCGAAACAAUACCAACCUUGUUUGAAAACUGGUUCUUCUAAACGACAAGGUUGCGGACCACAUUCAAAACAGCCUGAAUUGAGUCAUACCAGCGGGAAUGGAGCAAACGUUCCAAGCACAUCUCAAGAUGGUGUUUUUAGUGAUCAUCGCCGUUUUGGUAUUCCAACGAAUGUGUUGAUUGAUAUGACAGCGACUAUAGGACCAGUAUAUCGUUUUGGUCCGUCGUCGAUAUUUUAUGUUAUCCGUCCAUUGGAAUUGAGCAAUAUCAUGAUUAGUUUAUCGCAAGGAAUUUGGAAUUUCGCCCCGCAAACUGAGCGGAAGGUUUUUAGGAGCUUCUUGGAAAAUCAAAAGACUUUUCUUCUAUACAACGUUCUAGGAACUUCGGAAUUUCAAGCUUUAGCCCAAUUAAUGUCUACUAAUGACGGUCAAUAUAACACACCUGCCAAAAUUAAUUGGUUAAGUACACAAGGAGUUACAUACGAUCAAAUCAGGGGAUUUUUUCCAAAUGGGAUCAAUUACUUCGUGGAUGGGUAUCAAAUUAGUAGGGAGAUUGGCAUAAAAAUAGCCACGUUGAUGAUGGAACGUAACGAUCAACCUAACGUUUUCGCACGUCCAAUUUUGGAGUUUCCUGAAAGAAGGAGUGGAGGUUAUAAGAAACCACGUUGGAGAGGUGGAUGGAGAGGAAGGAGAAAUAAUCAUCAGUGGUAAUUUUUGUUAUUUGUUGAAUUAACUAUUAAAAAAUGACUUUUAUGUUUUA